CCUUUUUAAACCUCCACUUUCCUUCCACGCACACCCCUCUCUCUAUAUCAUUGAGCUUCUCAUUCAUAGCACUGAGUAUAUCAGACAGUAGCAGUACUUCAUAUCAGUACAGACAGCCUGCAGGCAUCAUAACAUUAACAACCAAACCAAGCCAUGGCCACUAAACUGCCUCUUCUCUUUUUCCUCCUUUUCUUAUCUCUCACAUCAGGAUGGAAUGUGAUCAUGGUUAAUGGACAGAAAUCAUGGUGUGUGGCUAAGCCUUCAUCAGAUCAAGCAACACUUUUAUCAAAUCUCAACUAUGCUUGCUCUCAAGUUGAUUGCAGAGUUCUUCGUAAAGGAUGUCCCUGCUCUAAUCCUGACAAUCUCAUCAACCAUGCUUCUAUAGCCAUGAAUCUCUAUUAUCAAUCUAGGGGAAAAAAUCACUGGAAUUGUGAUUUCAGAGCAUCUGGCUUAGUUGUUGUCACUGAUCCAAGUUAUGGUGAUUGCAUUUAUGCAUAGAAGUGGAGGACUAGUUACUAGUGGAAUCUAUAUACAUACAUAUAUAGUAUAUUAUGCUUUUGGUUUAUGUUGCUGUAAUUUUUAGGUAUAUUGGCAUUUUCAACCUUAUGAAUAUUGGUAAUGUCACGUUACAUUACAUCAAAGUUUCCCUUGCUUGACCAAUUAAAUCAACCUUAUGGAUAUAUGUGUGUAUUUAUCCUGUGACUUGUAUGCAUUAGCAACUUUGUGGUUUGGUGAUAAA